AAUUACCUACUCCAUUCGUCUUUUUGCCGUUUGUUGUGAAUGUACCUCAAGGAUUGUGUAUGUAGGUUCUGUUUGUUUAUUUUUUCUCUUUGCUUCCAUGUUUAUUGCUUUAAGGACAAAGAAAGCUGCCGCUCUUCAUCCUGGAGCAGACUGGAAGGUCCUCCUCCAUUUACCAGAGAUUGAGAAAUGGCUGAGAGCAACCAGCGAUCGAGUUGCACAGCUAACUUACUCUGUUGGACAAGACUGUGACAACAGACAUGUGGAUGUCCACCUAGUACAACUUAAGGACAUCUGUGAGGACAUUUCUGACCACGUGGAGCAGAUUCAUGCUUUACUGGAGACAGAAUUCUCCCUGAAACUUCUGUCCUACUCUGUUAACAUCAUUGUAGACAUUAGGACAGUGCAGCUGCUGUGGCACCAGUUGAGAGUCUCAGUUCUUGUUCUGAAAGAGCGUGUAUUGCAGGGUUUACAGGACCCUAACGGAAACUACAGCAGCCAGACUGACAUCUUACAGGCUUUCAGCCAGGACCAAAACCAGACCCGCCUGGAUGCUCUUACAGAAGUCGACGACUGUGGUCAGCUAACAAUACGCUGCAGCCAGGACUACUUCUCCCUGGAUUGUGGCAUCAUUGCCUUUGAGCUAAGUGACUAUAGUCCCAGUGACAAUCCUGAAGACCGGGAAAAAGAGCCCACAACUGAGGACACUUCCCAGGAGAUCAUUCACACCACAACUUCAAAUCUUGAACUUCACAAGAGUUUACAUCUCUCUCCACAGUGUGACAUGGAAAAGCCCAGUCAUUCUACAACUCAGUUACCCACAAAUAUAAGUGACAUGUCCAACUAUAAUAAAAGCUCAAGUCAGCCUCUGCAGGCUAUAAGUCACAGCGCUGAAUCUUCCCCCAUAAAGCAGUCACUUCCCAAGAGAGCUGCCUUGUUUUCAAAUGAAAGUACCAAAUCAAGGGGAAGUUUUAGGAGGGCCGACCAGCAAUCUGAACUACAAUUUAAUAAUGAGCCGAUUGGAAGAAAGCCCUCUUUUGUGGAUUGUCCAGACAGAUCCAAGUUCUGGUUAGAACUGGCCACAGUUCAUUUGGAAAAGGUUCCACAGUCCAACGAGAGUCUUCAGAGUGCAAAAGAGCACGACCUCCAGAAAUAUAUGUGCUCAACACAUAGAAAACCUGAGGGAACCUCUUGCACUGACAUUACCAACGCCAGCCUCCCCUUCUGUCAUCUGACGUCCACCCAAACAGAAAGGUCACAGAAGGGGACCCAUGCACCUAGUAAGGGUGACUAUGACUCCCCCCUGACCUCACCCAUGAGAGAACAGCUUCUGCCCUCAAAUUUGAAAGCAUCUGGAGAGGACUCUGAUCUGAUCAGGACUGCAGUCUGGAUAAUGAAGCGGCAGGGUCACACGGGUACCCAGGUUCCAUCAAAAAUCAAUGAGGAUAGGGAACACUGGUAUGGAUCCGAUGAGUUUCUGGCUCUCCCAGCUCAGCUCCAUGAAACUGAGAUGGCAGCUGUGAAAUUGGAAUGUCUGAUACAGUCUAGCACCCUGAACCAGAUAGGUUUGCAGGAUGUGGAUGACUGGGAACUGUCAGAACUUAAUGUAGACUCGGACAAUGGAGAAAGUGGAGUCAAUAUGGGUAAUAUAUGGGGGAGUGGGGAUUACAUUCCAUCUCCCCUGCCAUCACUGCAUCCUAAUAAACAAAACUCAAUGCGGUGCUUCAGCUCCACCCCCUCCAAUGAUAUUGCUCCCUCUCUGGAAGAAAGUUUAGAAUCAGGGCACUUAAGUGGCCUGUUAUCAGAUGAGGAAGAGAGCAGGAAGCAUGUGGAUGGUUCCCUACAACUAACAUCGCCCCUGGUGGAUGGGCAUGGAUGUGCUUCUCUAAUGAAGAAACUACUGGAGGACAUCCAGGAUCAGAAUGAAGACAUCUGGAGAAAGAUGGAGUGUUUUGUGCGGAAGGUGGACAGAUUCAUCUUAUGGUUACAAGAGGCAGUAGACAGCACAGAAAACUGGACGCAGCCCAGGCAGGAUUUGGAAAGCCUUAAGGUGUACUUGGACACUCACUUGAACUUUAAGAUAAAUGUCGACUGUCAAAAUGCUUUGAAGGACAGUAUAGUUGAAGAAGGAAAAGCACUACUCAACAUCAGCAGCUCCCACCAGUUGGCUCUGAAGGAUAUCCUUCAUAUGGUUCAAAGCCAGUGGGAUCAACUCCAGUGGCAGAUCCGACGCCAACAUGGCUGGAUGCUCCGUGCCCUUUACUGCAUUCAGGCCCGCUUCCUCUACACCAGUCAGUCACAUGAACCCUUUACAGCCAACUUGGACUUUUCAGCAAGUAGGCAGCUUCCACAGUUUGCAGAAGACCUCAAGACAUGAUUGAAGAAGCCAGGGCUGUAUAUUGUCCAGGGCUGAUGUGAGGACGUCGAUGCUUCCUGUGUGCUUUUAGCAGGUGUAAAAAGAACAGCAUCAUCAGCAUACAUUUGGAAUUGGACAUUUUGACAAACAUCUGGGAGGUCAUUUAUAUAUAAGGAGAACAAUACCAGUCCCAAAAUAGAACCUUGUGGGACCCCUGCUGGACAUUCAAGGUAGGACGACAUAGUACCACCAACACUCACAGAUUGUUUUCUGUCGGAUAAGUAAGAUUUAAACCACGCUAUGGCAUCAUCUGCGAAGUUGAAGUGAGUCAUUUUGGACAGAAGUGCUUGAUGGUCUACAGUAUCAAACGCCUUCUUGAAAUCCAAAAAGACUGCACCAACACCGGUGGUUUUAUCAAGCAAGGAUUUCACUGUUUCUAUGAAGACACAGUUUGCUGUCUCUGUGGAGUGGUACUGGCGAAACCCAAAUUGCAUGGGGUGCAGGAGAGAGCAGCCUUGGCUAAGGUGUUUGUUUAGCAGUUUGGAAAUCCACUUUUCUGCAACCUUAGAUACAACAGGGAGAAUGCUGAUGGGGCGAUAGUUUGAAAUAUUUGUUUUGUCUCCUGAUUUGAAAAUUGGUGAGACUGUGGCCACCUUCCAGUCUGAUGGGACAACUGUCAAUGUGAUUGAUAAAUUGAUAAGAUGUGUUAUUGGGCAUAUGAGUGUAUCUCUAUGGAUUUUUAAAAAGUGUGUGUCAAGGCCAUACACAUCUUUGGCCUUUGAGGGCUUCAGGGAGUUAAUAAUGUUGGCCACUUCUAACUCAGAAAUUUGCUCUAAUUUCAAUGUUGGCUGUCCAGGAUCUAUGCAUUUGCGGGCUAUCUCAGAAUGACUAAACAUUUGGGUUAUUUCAUUGGUAGAGUUAAUGAAGAAAUUAUUGAAUUCAUUUGCUAAUUCUUUUAGAUUAUGUAGCAGCUCAUUAUUUACUUUUAUUUCCAAUUUAUCACUGUCUAUUUUAUUUUGUUUUUCAGUCAGUUUAUUAAUAUUUUGCCAUAUAAUUUUGCCAUUUCCGUUUGCACUUUUAAAGAUGUCCAGGAAAAAAUGUGCCUUGGCUUUACGUAAGGCGUGAGUUGUUUUGUUUCUCAUGAAGGUAAAUCUUUGCCUGUCAACGGUGAGACCAGAUUUUAAAAACACUUUGAGUAAAAUGUCUCUUUCUUUCAUGAGUUUUUUACAUUCAUUACUCAGACAGGGUAGAUGGUUUCCCUUUUUUUUUACUCUUUCCUUUUUUUAAAAAAAGGUUCUAUUAUUUCUUUUAUUUUUGAGUUAAAAAUCUUGGAGUUUAAUUCAAUAUUAUUAUUAGAAAAUAGUGUAAACCAGUUUAUUUCAUUUAACAAAAUGUCAAGGUUUGGAUGUACAUAUUUUGGAAUAAAAUUAUAAUGAUUAUGAAAAGUAGAUGAAGUGAAUCGUUUUUUACUUAAUUUUUGAGAGAAAAGUACAAUAUUAUGAUCAGAAAGCCCCGUUAUAAGGUUGUAUGUUUUAAUGAUCCUCUCUGUAUGGUUUGUAAAUAACAGAUCUAUUAGAGUUUCAGAGUGGCUUGUUAUUCUGGUAGGAUUUUUAAUUAUUUGUGUUAAAUUAAAAUAGUCUGUUAUUUGUUUAAGUGUUGUUCGUUCCUUCUUAACCAUCCAAUUAAUGUUAAAGUCACCCAUUAAAAUAAUUUCUUCAGUUUUGUCACAAUGUUUGAGUAGAAGUUUAAGUUGUUCAUAAAAAUCAAUUUUUGCAGUGGGCUUUCUAUAUAUGCACACAAUAAUAAAAGACAUAGUUUUUGAGAGUGAUAUGUCAACACCUAUACAUUCUAAAAAAAAAUGUCACUUGGCCAUUCAAUCAUCGUGCACUUUAGGGUAUGUCGGACAUAUAUUACAACUCCCCCACCCCUCCCAUUAUCUCUGUCCUUUCUAAAUACAUUAUACCCAGGCAUAUUUACAACAGCAUCAGGUGAAGUAUGGGUCAACCACGUCUCUGUGAAUCCUAGAAAGUCAAUGUUGGAACUGUACAGCAGAUGCUCCAGCUGUUCGCGCUUAGGCUUCAUACUGCAUAUAUUUAAGUGACCGCCAAGUAGUCCCUUUAUUUUUGAUGACGGGUCCCAAACUACUUUGGCCUGAUAUAAUGUCCAGAACAUUUUGGUGGUUCUAUGCCGUUUGAACAGUGGAUUCCUAUGUUUUAUUGGAGGUGUCUGUUGGUUAGGACAGAGAGCAGUAGUUUGUGUCACACAAACUACUGCUCUCUGAGUGAGUCACACUCGGGGUCUCCCCUGGAAGAAGCUAUGGUGCAAAUACGCACUGGUGAGUGUGAGUCACACACUCACCAGUGCGCGCUCCUGCAUCUUUCCUGCCGCUUUGCUUCUCCGGCGAGUGCGCAGUCACUGGCACGACCCUGGUCGAGCUCAUGGAAAGGUCCGACCCAUCGGAACCAGUAUUACACUCCACACAUGGCAAAGCAGCUACUCCAUGGCCGCCUCUCCGCGCGCGGCACCACCAGUCAGCGACACACCUGCUCCUGCACCUGCGCCGGCAGGAACCCGAACACCUGCGCCAGUGGGACGCCCCAAAGCCUCCGUCCCCCUCGAAUCCAGCACACACAGGCCACCAGAACCAAACCAGGGCAGAAUCCACGACACCGGUCCCAACCACAGCAGCGCCGACUCCGCUCGCACUCCAACCGGGCCACGAGCAUGCAGCAGCCCGAGAUGCGGAGACUCCACAGAAGGACGUGGAAGCCCCACAGGCCACAGUCCAGGACAAGUACCCUCCACAGAAGGACGUGGAAGCCCCACAGGCCACAGUCCAGGACAAGUACCCUCCACAGAAGGAUGUGGAAGCCCCACAGGCCACAGUCCAGGACAAGUACCCUCCACAGGGCCCACAGCUAGAAGAGGUGGGUUAAACAAGCGGUUUGGCAGUGACCAGAUGUUUUGUGCGCCACUACCAUAUAACGCCGUCGUGUCUUCUGUAGCUUUUAUGGUGUUAAUUGUUGGUGGUGUUGGGCCUGGAUUAAGUUCGAUAUCUCCAGCCAGAAGUAAAACAAUCACCAACUGAGUAGAAAUCACACUGUUGUUUGGUGAAAUUCUCCUAGACGCUUUAGAUGGUAUUCUAGGAAGCCCAUUGUUGAGAAGUUUGAAGUAUAGAAGAUGGUGGCUCUUGAUGGCUUGUGUGAUUGAGCAGUUUUGAUUCUCUUGCAGAAAACAAUGCUUGACAGACAGAAUUGACAGUGUGGUGAUAUAUAAUAUUAUUACCCAGCUCCGUAGUAAGCAUUUAGAUGGUCACUUAAGCUAUUUGGGUGGACUUAGUAGAGAGCGUACAGCUCCUGCCAAACUGUGCGUGGCACCAGCAGCCAUCUUGCCUUUAGAGUGGAAUUAACAGUAAAAAGAAGGAAAAUAGUCUAUACUAGGGGGCUAGAAUGCUUUGACAUUCAGAUGUAAAACAGAAGACUAGAUUAGAAUUGCAAAGGUAUCCUAGAAAAACCUGAGUUGAGCAUGACUGGGGAAAAAAUAGCCUUCUCUUGCAGAUGGGUCCAGAGCCUUCUUCAGUUGUGAAAAAGUGAGUAAAUAUGUGCUCCUAAGAAGUAAAUAUAAUUAAUAAAUGAUAAGUUGUGUCUCAUUGAGACUGCCUAUAAAUGUAAAAGCCCUGA